AAAACAAAAAAUCUCAAAAACCUAAAAUCUCUCGAUAUUAAUUGUCGUCAUAAUCUCUCUCUGGUCACUCCAUUUCUCUCCAUUUACUUCCUCUGCGUUACAGCUCCACGAAUUCUAGGGUUUUAUGUAAGGUUCAUCAGUCCUCGUUAGUUCUAGUCUGCUCUUCGAAGGGCUGAGGUUAUACAGACUACUGGGGAGUGAGGAUAAGGCAGGGUAAUUUUCCUUGUGAAAAUGAACCAUGCUAUUCAAAUGGACCACUCAAAUAGCCAACUUGUUGCCCUCCCUGUGAAGCGUAGAAGAGGUCGACCUAGGAAGGAUCGGAGUCUAAAUCAUGCUGGGAGUACUCAAGUUCCGCCAGUUGGUGAAAGAGUAAAAGAAAACCCAGCCCCUCGAGUAGAGAAGAAUAGCGAUGCAGUUAAUGAUAUGGUGGGUCAGGCAGUUACAGGUAUAAUUGAGGCUGCAUUUGAUGCUGGUUUUCUGCUCAGUGUUAGGAUUGGAGACGGCAAAACCAGACUGAGGGGUAUUGUCUUUAAGCCGGGACAUUAUGUUCCCAUAACAGCAGAAAAUGAUAUUGCUCCACAUGUUCAGAUGAUACAAAGAAAUGAAACCCAUCUCCCUACGGAAAAUCAAGUGCGCAGCCGUAAGCGAUACAGACACAGGACUGAGCGCAAUGGAUCUCCAUCUGCACGUCGGGCAUCAAAAGGCAACAACUUAGCUAUAAUGUUGGCCCCUUCUGUUCCUCCAGUGGGUGCCAGAGGCACUGUUGUCCCUGUUGUACUCCAACCUGUUAACCUAACAAAUGGAUUACCAAGGACCACUGAAACCGCUAUGGAUGCUUCCCAAGCUUAUAUGGAAGCUUUAAGAGAUAAAGGUGUGCAGAUGGUUAAACCCUUGGCUAUGUUACCACCCGAGGGAUCAACAGCCAUGGUAGUUGCACAUGAAGCACCGUCCUCUCACAGACAACUUAGCCAUGAAGAACCAUCAGAAGAGAUACAAAAUCAAAAGGGUUCACCCAGUGACAGAGGAAGAGGUGUUGAGCAUGGGGAAGAGACCAGCCAUGUAGCACCUAGCAAUGUAGUUAUGCCUAGUGGUGAUUCUGACAGAAACCAGGGAUAUCCACACCCACCAGAAAAAUUACAUGUCAGACGAGAAAUGAAUAAGCCCCCAUCAACAAAACCCCUUGAAGCUUUACAUCCCAAUCUUCUUAACGAUCCUAAAUCACUUCCGAACAAAUUCAUGCACUAUGGCACUGGCAGGAUGACUGAGCUUUUACAGGCUCUGCAGGAAAAUUUGGUAGAGAACCCGGUGCACGAGUCUAGUGAAAUUAAGUUUUCAGGAAGCAACAACAACAAAGACGAAGCAACCAAACAGUAGUAGAACCAUUCUCAGUUCUCAUAUCCAUAAACGUCAUUUUGUACAGCAGUACUUGCACUCGAAGAGCAAAAGAGCCAUGAAAACCUGGAACUCCCGGCUUCCAGAUCGAGCAACUUUAGCAGAGCUUUUAAAAAUUUGCAGAUUUAGCCAAGACUAUGUUUCAAAAUUCAAAGCAUUGAUGUGUAAAAAUCCUUCCAGCUUAUAACUCUUUUCAAGUAUUAAUGCCUUUCUUGUUCAUCUUUAUGGUUUUGCUUAUCGUGUAAGAAACUUGUUCAGAAUAAGACACCAAAAUCAGUACAAACAGAAGAUAUGCAGAUUUGUGCAACGGAUAAAA